CUCUCCCCACUCCUCUCCCGCUUCUAAGAACUUACUAUGAAGUCACUCAUCUUCUACGCAAUCCUUGGCGUCGUUGUGGCCGACCGACGCAACGGAAUCAACGGAAAUGGAAACGGUAACGGUAACGGUUACGGAGCACCUGCUCCUCCUAGCAACGGUUAUGCAGCUCCCAGGAACACCUAUGGCACGCCCAACGGCGCCUACGGAGUAGACCCUGAGAUUGCCGCUUUGGCCGAGAACAUUCCCGGGGGCGGCGUCCCCGGCGAGGACUACCCCAUCUUGGCUUCCGUGCCCGACACCGGCUUUUCGUGCGAUGACCAGGCGGUGCAAGGUUAUUACGCCGACACUGCAGCUGAAGCUGGCUGCCAGGUGUUCCAUAUCUGCCAGGACCGCGCCCUCAGGCGCCAACAGGACUCGUUCCUGUGCCCCAACGGUACCAUCUUCAACCAGCAGUACCUGGUAUGUGACUGGUGGUUCAACGUGGACUGUUCUCAAGCUGAGAGCUUCUACUCCGUCAACGAACUCAUCGGAGUCGUUCCCGACGCCGGAUACGCCUAUGGACCCGCCACCAACGGAAACGGUAACGGCUAUGGCUCCAACGGCAACGGAAGGAACGGAAACGGCAAGAACGGAAGCAAUGGAUACGGCUCCAUCGGAAACGGAAGGAACGGAAACGGAGGCAGCAACGGCAAUGGGUACGGUGCCCCCCCUGCCCCAAGCAACGGCUACGGUGCCCCAGCUGCCACAUCCAACUCCUAUGGAACUCCUUUCUAAAUUAGACUUCCUUCUCUUUCCCUUAGACACUUUGUGUGUGUCUUUCCAUUAUAUAUGCACAAGAAUUUUGCACAUAUCGAUAUUUUUAAAUAAAACCUUUUAUUUUUA